AUGUGGAACAACCUUCCUGAAGAUCUGUUGGCAGAGGUGUUGGUUAGGAUUCUAGCGAAACAACUGUGGAUUUUAAGGGCCGUGUCAAGAUCAUGGAGAACUCUGAUCGAAGAUGAAACUUUCAUAGAAUCACACUUCCUCUGCAGUCGUCAAUCAUCGCCGGCGCCGGCGCUGUCGUCAGUUCAAAUAGUAUUCGAUGCUAAAGCUGCAAAAGAAGGACCAUGUUCUCCAUAUCUCGCAGAAUUCGAUUCGCCGGAAGAAAUAGAAUCUACCAUGCGAAUGGAUAGGAUUGAGUAUGGUUUUUUCUAUGAUGAAACUCGCAAUGAUUACAAAGUGGUGAGAUUGGUUGAGAUUUUCGAUAUUCAUCUUCGCGGAGAUGAUUCUCCUAUUAGAACACGAGUUGGUCAGGAGAUUAAAAUGUAUAGCUUGAAAUCCAAUUCUUGGAAGUGUCUCCCACCCGAUACCUUCCCUGAUUUUGUUGAGCUCGACCCUUGUGAACUCGAAAUCGGGCCUGGAAUUUUGAUUCACAAUGCUCUACAUUGGGUGAUGCUAGACCGGCGAUGGGAUAUUUCAUCAGACAAGAAUUUGAAAUCCAUCGUGGCUCUCGACGUUAGAACUCACAAGUCUCAUCUCGUUUCGCCGCCUGAUGAUGAUGUUUUUUCGGCUACUCAGUCUUGGGAGUUGGGAGUUUCCAAUGGUUGUCUUACCUUAGUUCGUAGAAUGACAUUUGAUAUGAGUCAUUUAUGGAUAAUGGAAGAGUAUGGGGUGAGAGAUUCUUGGAGGAGAUUGAGGUUGGAUGUUAGGAAUUGGGAUUUGUAUCCAAGUUUUAUUGGACAUCCUUGUGGAACUGGUAAUAAGCAAUGUUAUGUUGAUGGCACGAACCUAGUAUGGUAUGAUAGGAGGUCAGCAAAUCUCAAACCUUGGGUAAUAGACGCUCUUAACUUGGUUGGGGGAGGUUUUUUAACCAAACAUUUUAGACCAUCUAAUCUUGAAUCUAUUCGCCGCGGAUGUCUAUUUACUCACACUCUCGUCCCACCUCGGCCUUCGUGUGAACAUGGCAGAAAGAGGAUACAAGAAUCUAACACCUUACAUGAUGAUAGCAACAAAGGAGGAGGAAGAAGAAAACGAAUCAAGGUGUUAAAUUAA